UAGUUGUUCAUAUAUUGACAGUGUAUGUUAUUUAUAAAUUUAUUUAAACGAAUACUGAAUUGAUUAACAAUAAAAUGGCUGAAAAUGAUGCAUUAAAUCAUAAAGUAUUUACGCAACAGUUUAUAGACCUUUACGAAACUUUACCAGAAUUGUGGAAUCCGAAAAAUCUAGCAUAUAUUGAUAAAAAUAAACGUAACCAAGCGCUUGAUAAAUUACUAACUAUUUGUAAAAAAGUCAACAAGAACGCUAAUCGAGAAGAUGUACGCAAAAAGAUAAAUACAUUGCGUUCCAAUUAUAAAAAAGAAAUGAAUAAAAUUAUUGCAUCCAAAAGUUCUGGAGCAGGACCCGAAGAUGUUUAUAAACCAACAUCGUGGACUUUUUAUGCGCUGAAGUUCUUACAAAAUGCUGAGACAUCGGAUUCUGAUUACAGUAACGAAAAGGAAUCUAGCAUUGAAAUAAAAAACGAAACCGAUGUAAGUGACCCACAAAUUUUAGUUUUGCCAUUCCAAGGCCAAUCUAAUCGAAAAAGGUCAUCAAUUGCACCACCUACACAACAGCCACCUGCAAAGAAAAAAGGUCGUGUUGUCGAGGAAGCAAAAAAGCAAAACGAAGUUCUAGUAACAGUUUGCACGGAAAAACAAAUACCAGUGAUUGCAAUGGCUUGGGGAGAAAAACUCAAAAAUUUGGACCCCCAACAAAGAGUUUUUGCCGAAAAAGCUGUUAACGAUGUACUUUUCGAGGCCUCAAUGGGUACUCUAAAUAGGUAUUCAGUAAAAAUCAAUGAGGACCGUCCUCCAGAUCCAUUAAGUAGUUCUUCCUUCCACGCUGCAUCCACUUCAAACAGUUCUAUACCCAUAAUAAAUACCCAACAUUCUACUUUCCACGAAUCAAAUCAAAGCUCUUCAGAUUCAGAAACAAGCUUGCACAAAUAUUUAAUAAAUCAUGAAAAUUAAUCAGCUAA